AUGUCUAGUUUAUUGAGUUUCUUGGAAGAGGAAAGGAAGAGUGUAGAAUACUCUAUAGAGAGUCUGCGUAGCUGCCAUAUCACAAGCCAGCGUACCAAACGAACUGCAUCAGUGCAUACGACUGAUGUUCGUGAACCACUACUAGCUAACAGUUGGUGUCUGAUCCACGAUAGUGCCCAGCACACGACAGAAGACUGCAGAGCAUACCUGGCGAAAGCUGUGACUGACAGAAUACAACUAGUUAAGGAAAAGAGAGUAUGUUUCCGAUGUUUGAAACCAGGUCAUGGUGUAUUUAAAUGUAAGAAAGGAUACUGUGGGAAAGAUGGUUGCCAGAGAAAACACCAUCCAUCUAUUUACUUUCAACAGCCCGAGAAGCCAAGGGAGGUGAAACAGAAUGGUGCGGUUUUUAAGCCUGGAGGUUGUAUGCUGAUGGCGAUUGCUGUUAAAGCUAGAAAUGGGCCGAAGCUUAACACAAUAUUUGAUAGUGGAGCAACAGCAUCAAUAAUAACACAUGAGGCUGCAAGAAGAGUUGGUGCUAAAGGAGAUCAUGUAGAGAUAAAACUAACCAAGGUAGGCGGAGAAGAAAACGUAGUAGAAACAAAGUUGUACGACAUACUAUUGAAAGACAGAAGUGGAGAUAUUGUGAAGGUUAAAGCAUAUGGUAUGGAGAGCAUCACCAGUGACUUAAGGGUUCAGGAUGUCAAGCGACUAGGCGGUUUACUGAAGGUGGAUUGGAGGACAGUUGAUAGACCUGUGGGCAGAGUAGAGCUGUUGAUCGGCUUAGACUACGCCAAUCUUCAACCUCAGAAGAUAAAGGUGGUGGGUAAUCUAAUGUUGAGUACCAGUCCAUUUGGUAAAUGCGUAGGAGGAUGGCAUCCAGUUUGCGAGAGUGAAUCGUUGGCAGCUAUACAUUUGACGCAAGUUGAUACUCUUUAUAAUCAGUUCUUGACUAUCGAGAGUAUUGGAGUUCGGUGUAACCCUAAGUGUGGUGGAUGUAAAUGUGGUAAAUGCCCAUUAGGUGCAAAGGAGUUCACGUUGCAGGAGGAGCGAGAGCUAAGUUUGAUAGAAGACGGCUUAACAUACCAAAAUGGGCGAUGGAUUGCUAGAUAUCCUUGGGUGAAGAAUCCUAACGAGUUGCCAGACAACAGAAACGUAGCUUUGGCAAAACUUCACUCGUUAGAGAAACGUUUGAGUAAAGAUCCAGAAAAGGCGAAGCUGUACAAUGAACAGAUACAGGACAUGAUUGGGAGAGAGGUAGCCAAAGAGGUGUCUGACACAGAGUUGCAUGAGUACCGUGGACCGGUUCAUUAUAUAGCCCAUCACGCAGUUCCUAAGCCGGAUAGUGAGAGUACACCACUGAGGAUAGUUUUGAUAGCAGUGCGAACUACCGAGGUCACACACUGA